AUUUCUCCCAAUUCUUUUAUCACUCACAGGCAGCUAACCUCGCAUCCCCGUCCCUAGAGACUAAUCAACACCGUGAUAAAUCAUAAGAGAUUACCGAUCCGCGAUCCUCGCUUCACGAUCUCCUCGAUCCUUGAUAUCGGAGCCCUAUUGUCACGACUUAAGUUAUGCAAUCUUAGCUAAAAAUGUCAACUAUCUCAGAGGAUUAAAAAAAGACGCAGAGAAGACAAGAUUAGUUCAAAUUACAGCGUGCUUUCCAUUCGAGAGCCUUUGAUGUAGUUAUGGAACAACAACCAUUGAAAGAAGAAAAAGGAAGCUCUCCUCUGAGUCCAGGGUUUAAAAAAACCGGUUUAACAAAAGAUAGUUCCAGAAUCAUUAACAAGCGGACUGUCGUUGUCUGCUGUGUUCUUAUAUUUGUGUUACUGAUUUUGGUGAUCGUUUUGGGAGCUUUGCUCGGGGCCGAAAGACGCAAAAAUAAAGAUACAGGUAAAACAAUUCCCAUUGGUGAUAAACCGAGUCCGACAAUCCCCCACGGGGGUACCUAUGGUCCCACAACAGCUGGUACUGAGGAGUGGUGGAAUGUUCGUCUUCCUGAUUUUAUAACUCCAGUACAUUAUGACGUUAUGCUAUACAUUGACUUGAAGAAGCUGGAGUUUUAUGGAGAUGUGGAAAUCCUUUUGAAUGUUGAAAAAGUGACUGAAGUUAUCCUUGUUCAUGUAAACUUGAUGAAUGUUACCUCUGCCUCAGUGGUCGAGGUUUCAAAUGAAGAGUCACUUGAAAUACGGGACAAGUUCAAGUUUGACAAAAAUCAGUUCUAUGUUCUUAUCAUGAAGUCACCUUUGAAGAAAGGUGAAUACAAAGUCAAGUUGGAGUUUAAGGCGUGGUUGAGGGAUGACCUCGCUGGAUUGUACAAGAGUACCUAUAAAAGAAAGGGUGGACGAGAAGUGACAAUUGCAGCGACACAGUUUCAGCCCACUGAUGCACGAAGGACGUUUCCUUGUCUUGAUGAACCUGCACUUAAAGCCACAUUCAAUGUGACCCUGGUGCAUCAUCCAGAUUAUAUCUCCAUAUCUAACAUGCCAAUCGAGAAAACGGUAACGAGGAAUGAAUGGCAGUUUGAUCGGUUCCAGAAAACCCCAAAAAUGCCAACUUACUUACUUGCAUUUGUAGUGUGUGACUUUGCAAACAGGACUGUGACUUCCAAAGGUGGCACAAAGAUGACAUUUUAUGCUCCACCAGAUCAAAUUGAUCAAGUAGAAUAUGCUAAGAAUGUCGGUGUCAAAAUGUUGGAUUACAUGGAGGAGUACUUCAGUAUUAACUAUCCUCUCCCUAAAGCUGACAUGAUUGCCAUUCCUGACUUUGCUGCCGGUGCUAUGGAGAACUGGGGACUAAUAACAUAUCGAGAGACAGCACUGUUGUAUGACCCGGUUGCUUCAUCAGAGUCAAACAAAAUGCGAAUAGCUUCAGUAGUGUCCCAUGAACUUGCUCAUCAAUGGUUUGGUAAUCUGGUUACUAUGGAAUGGUGGGAUGAUCUGUGGCUCAACGAAGGUUUUGCCAGCUUUGUGGAGUAUUACGGUGUCAAUGCUACAGAGCCUGACUGGAAAGUGUUGGAUCAGUUUGUAGUAGCAGAUUUGGUUUAUGCAUUUUCACUGGACGGCUUAGCAAACUCCCAUCCGAUCAAAGUGCCAGUAAAUCAUCCUGAUGAAAUCAAUGAGAUAUUUGAUUCCAUCUCCUAUAACAAGGGAGCAUCAAUCAUUCGCAUGCUUCAGUAUUUCCUCGGACGCAAUGUCUUUUUGAAAGGCUUGACAAACUAUCUGAGGAAAUAUGAGUAUAGAAAUGCAGUAACUGAUGAUUUGUGGAAAGCUCUUGCAGAGGAAAGCUGUACUCAAGGAAAAUGCGUCAGCGUCAAACAAAUGAUGGAUACUUGGACUCUUCAAAUGGGCUACCCAGUGUUGAACAUCAAAAAACAAUCGAGUAAUAAAUAUCAAGUGUCACAAGAAAGGUUCCUUUACGACCGAAAUUCUAAUAUCUCUUCUAAAUACACGAGCCCAUUCAACUAUAAGUGGGUUGUACCAUUUACAUACAACACGAAAACCUCCGCUGUUACAGUGUCCAAGCCUCUUAAUAUGACUUCUGCUGAUAUUAGUUGGGAUGGUAGUGGCUGGAUCAAAGGCAAUGUAGGUCAGACAGGAUUUUAUAGAGUCAACUAUGAACAAGCACAGUGGGAUGCACUUACGACUCAAAUGGAUGACGAUUACAGAAAGUUUGACGUUAGGGAUCGUGCAGGACUGAUGGAUGAUGCGUUUAAUCUAGCUAGGGGUGGUUAUAUCAAGUACACCACUCCGCUAAACCUCACCAAAUACCUGGCGGAUGAAGAUGAAUAUGUACCGUGGAGAGCAGCUAAAUAUAAUCUUGGCUUUAUAUCAAGUAUUGUGCCAAAAUCAAGCUCAGCCUAUAAAUACUUAGAGAAAUAUCUCCAUCAUCAGGUCCUGAAGCAAUACCAGAAGCUUGGCUUUUCAGACACCGGAGACCACCUUGAAAACGUUCCAGCUAAUUUCCGUUCUCUAGUCUACUUUUAUGGCAUAAAAAAUAGUGGGGUAGAAGAAUGGGAUUUUGCUUUUGAGCAGUUUCAAAACACAACUGUGGCAAGUGAGAGAAGAAAGAUCUUGUAUGGUUUAGCUGGUGCCAGUGAGCCUUGGAUUUUGAGCAGAUACUUGCAAUACUCGAUUACUCCAGACAAGAUUAAGUCUCAAGACACGUCCAGAGUUUUGUCCUAUGUGGCUAACUACAAUCCCAAUGGACGCCAGCUUACUUGGCAGUUUCUCAAACUGAACUGGAACUUGAUUAAGGAGAAGUUUGGUGGAGGAUUCUUUGCCAUCAGGAAUAUAAUCCUCAGUGUGACAUCAGGAUUUUCUACGGAAUUUGAACUCGAGGACCUGAAAGAGUUCAACCGGAAGCAUUCUGCUGGGUCAGGGACGCGAGCUCAACAACAGGCGGAAGAGGGUGUCAUGGCAAACAUUCAGUGGCGCAAAGAAAAUGAACAGGAUGUGUCGAACUGGCUAAAAUAUUUCCUUGAAAAGAACAAUAUACCACUAAACUAGAGGGCACGCUUUUUCUUUGGGGCAUUUUCUUUUCAAUAGUUUGAGUUAACCUUUUAAAGAUUAUCAGUUCAUUAUAUCAUUGAUCUUUUUGUGGUGUUUGUUGUUGCUUCAUUAAAAAGUGGUACAAUGACACAAAUGACAAUUGGUUACUGCCUCCUGAGAAGAGAAUGGACUUAAGAAUUGCACAGCACCAUUAACGACCGUUAUCUAAACGACAUCUUAAGCUAAUGGAAUUGUAACUAAAGCACCGCUAUGGUUGUGUGAUCUAGCAGGAAAAUCGUGUUGAUUAUCCAUGCCUUCUUCGCACUUAUUCCUGAAAGUUAGAGAAUAUAGCUACGAUACUCGACAAUUGAGGUUUACAGUUUAGAAUUUCUAUAUGAUUAAGAAAUGUGAAAUAGCAUUAGCAUAUAUAUGCUCACGGGCCUCAAUUGAGCGUUCAUUAGUUUUCUGUUUACUUGACAAAGAUGCAUACUUUCGCCCGAAUAUUACUAGGUACUCAAACAAAGUGUACAUUUGGAUGCAAAUCGUAUAAACGCCUUCAUAGAAAGUCCGCACGCUUUGAGCCUUCAGUCGAACGCGAAAUAAAGACCUGUUCCCUUGUUUGUGUAAUUAAAUUCCGAACUACAACUGUCACUUUUCUUUGAUAAUGGAGUCGAAAUGUCCUUAAUGCAUCGCAGUUUCUUCAUCAAUAGCAGCGAGCUUGUGUCAUAUUUGCGUAAUAGAUCAAGAAGAAAAAUGCCCCAGCCUUCUCUACCUAUGGAUGUUUUUUUCAACUCUGCAUUUCCCAGCAUGAGUUAUGAGUGGGUAACACCUAAACAUCGAGUAACAGUACAUUUUUUUGUUUUUGUUUUUGUUUCUUUUUUUAUUUUUUUAUUUUUGUGAUUCAUGAGUCAUUGUUUAUGUUCAAAAAACAAACACCAGGUUAGGAUCAUGUUACGCUCUGGCUUCCCUUUGAUUCUGUCGCAUGUUCAGCUAAUGUGUGUCAGACACAAAUCGCUUCGUACUCGUAUCACUAUGAACAUGAUUGCAGUUUUAAAGAAUUUCUACUUGGAAUUCUAAUAAACUUUGUACGGUUGAUUACA